AUGGCAGAACUCUUGACCUUACGAGACGAGGGCUACGCUGUAGCAAAGGAAGAAGGCGUAGAGGCUCUGCCUUAUCUGGUCUCCGGAGAUGGAUCUGACCCUGGCCCUGGCUUAACCACACUACGACUUAUUCAGUAUCAUUUGAAGACUGCUAUUGAAGACUGGAAGCGUGUCGGAAAUGGCACUUUACAGCAAGAAGAAAGAACAACGAAAGUCGAAGAUAGGCUUGUAGCCUCACCGGAAUCAGAUUCUGUAGCUGAUACAACUGAUCUUCCUUCAUCUCCUUUCCCAUCCGCCCGGUGGUUCCGCUGUUGCAUGGUUGCGAUCCACCAUGCCCCAUCCUUCCAGUGUACGAGUGCUGCUUUGCUGCUUCUUGGCCUCGCUCUUGCUUUGAAAAGAUGGGUCGCAGCCUGGCUCUCCCCUAACGUUCCUAGGACCGCAGGGACGGAUAGCGACAGCCUUCGUAAUGGUAACGGAGGUAUGCCAAGCCAAGGGAAGCUCGGGCCAACCUAUGUCUCAGUAGCUGCCCGAGAAAGGACCACUCAAUCCAGACAGGUUCUCGCAACUGCCUUUCAAACAGGACCUCGAGAGGCAAGCCAUGGAAGUACCGCUAGAGUCUUCCUAGCCAACCUAUCUAAUGUUCCUACCAUUGAUAUUUACGCUCCAGCUAGUUCAGAUUGCCUUCCUUCUCUUGCUGCUGCUCCACAUAAGGCUCUCACCAAGUAA